GCCAAUCCAAAUCACCGAUGCUACCGAGAACGCCCUCAGAUUUCGAAUAACUACCUACCCAGAUAACCACCUACCUACUUUACCAGGAUUUAAAUCAUGGAGGUCGCCGGCUUGGUGCUCGGCGCGCUGCCGGUGGCGGUCUCAGUAAUGGACAGUUACAAGCGCUGCCUCAAGACGCGCAAGCGAUUCAACUUUUACGAGGACGACAUUCUCAACUUUCGCGCCGAGCUUGCCAUCCAGCAGACUCAGUUGGAACUGACGCUCAGAGAGAUUGAGCUGGUCAAUCCCACCAAGGCUCAGUUGCACGAGAGGAUUUGCGCCUGGUAUCCUGACAAGGCAGAGCACUUUAUUCGGUACAUUGAACAGAUGGAGAAACUGUUGUCUGAUAUGAUGAGCAAGCUGGAUGUUGAUUUGAAUGGCAGGCCGCGGUGGACUCAAGAGCCACCCGAACGCGCAAGAUGGGAAUGGCGCAGAGUCAACCACGCCAUCAACGCCGACUACCGAGAGUCUCUCAUCAGCAAGUUGCAAGCCUCCAACCAUGCACUGAGCCGUUGUAUCGAGUCAGGUGGCAAGAGGGAGCUGCCCUUGAGCAACUCGGCCUCGGAUGCAUCGAGCCCAACCCUGGCUGCCAUCCAAGAACGGUUCGACGCCAGGCAAUGUGCUGCCAGAAGGACUACGGCAGAAGAAGUCCACAGGGCAGCUGUAUCUGCAUGGAAGUGCAGCCAACAUUCACACCGUGGAAACCUCAGGCUGAGUUGGCAUAACUCUGAUGUUGCAACCAGCUCGCAAGAUAUGAUCAUCGCGCUGUCCUCUCCAACAUCAGAGGCGGGCUCUGUUGUAUCUAUGGUCCAGGACGACUGGUGUGAGGUUCAUUUUGCAAUUGAUCCAGAUUUAGAAGAUUCUCUGGACCUAGAGGAUCCCGUAUCUUCCGUCGUCUUUUCGAGGCUGGGUUCCGACUCCUCAAUGACAACUAUCAGUGAGAAGGACUCACUCUACAACUCAAACUCAUCGACCUCCUCUUCCCGAGCCCGAGUUGCAGAUAAAACACCAAGUUCUGACGAAACCAAGCAGCGCAGUGAGAUAGUUCAGUCAGAAACAACCAAGAAAUGGUACAAGAUGUUCCGGCCGACCAAGAGGACAGCACAUGUUGGUGUAGAUGUCGAGUUUCCGAAUCCUGAACUGCAGCAAACACAAUUAUGUGACGAGAAGAUAACCGAGAACAAUGAUCAAACACAAGAGUCAUCACAACCGCAGGAUGUUAGCUGCCUGUGCUCGUUUUUGCGUGAUGCAACGCUCGACUUUGGCCGAUUGGAUUGCGGCGCGAAAGUGUUGAAGAAGGGCCGAGAAGGCAAUAAGGCCAAAUACGCACAGGUAAAGGCGGUACCAAUAAGGGAUAUACUGGCUACCGAUGUGAAAAAACAACGCAGCAACCGCUUUUGCCCCGGAGCCGUCUUGUGCUCUAGAAAAGAUCGUUACGCCAUGGCAGCAGCCGCCACGUGGGCGGUUCUCUACCUUGCGGAGACUCCAUGGCUACUGCCGGACUGGAACGGCAAAGAACAGCUCCAGCUGAUCCAGAGGCAAGAGUCGCCUGGCGGCGCUUUUGCAACGAUAUCAACUUUGCUACGGGAGCCGGGGCGGAAAAACCUCUGCCGUGACAUGUCGCCCCCGUUGCCGACUUGGCAUUCUGGCUCGGUCCGUAACGGCACGCUCUUCGCCUUGGGGAUCCUGCUGAUUGAGCUGGGCCUCAACAAGCCCUUUGAACAGCUCCGAGACGAGUGCAUCCGCGAUUCGCUCGAGGGACAACUGGGGGAGGGUACAAAAACGCCACUAACGGAUGCGGACGUGGCAGAUAUCCUGGUCGACCAGGUGUACGAGGAUGUCAGCGAGUGGUACGGCUACGCCGUGCAGAGAUGCCUCCGCUUUGAGUUCCCAGGCAGGGAUGUCACCAAAUCCUUUCAGUUUGACCAGUUUCGCCAUCACUUCUUCCUGUAUGUUGUCGCGCCAGUUCAGGCGACGUUUGCGUUAUUACCCUCGUCGUGUUCAUUGCUGUGAUGGAGGACUGAGGGAGUGAUCCAGGGAUGUAGAUUAACCGACUCAAAAAAGCACCUUUGCUGCGAGAUAGCGCUACUGUGAAACAUGGGAAACCAGCAGUUGAUACUCAAUACCCCUCUCCGAACGUUGGAUGGAGGUUCCAGAAUUGUCAAAUCUCUUGCAAAUCUGCCUAAUGCUCACAUGUCAGCCUCAACCUGUGGUGCACCCUCAUCUGGUGGUAC